GGAUUGUUGAUCUCCUCGUUAUAUUAGGGUCAACCGUCAACGUAUAGACAGAAGUGGAUCACUUCCACUUCGUUCAAUUUGUACGAAGUUAAAAUUUACGACCGUUUAGAAAACAGUGUAGUAUCUCCUUUAAAUACUUCUGAAUUGCUUAGACAGUGGGAUUAUUGUCUUUUCCCCUUUUAAUUGGAUUCCAACUGGUCUAUGGGUCAAAAGCAACCAAAAUUAAAACAAGAUGCUGUUGAAGAACUACUAAACCAAACAUCUUUUACGGAAACUGAAAUUCAAGACUGGUAUAAGGGGUUUUUGAAGGAAUGCCCAACUGGUUAUUUAUCUACUGAUGAUUUUAAACGUGUUUAUACAAAGUUUUUCCCAUAUGGUGAAUCUAGUCGGUUCGCAGAGUAUGUAUUUCGUACAUUUGAUCAAAAUCAUGAUGGUUUGAUUGACUUUCGAGAUUUUCUGUCCUCAUUAAAUAUAACUAAUCGUGGUGAUUUAUCACAGAAAUUACGUUGGGCAUUCACGAUGUAUGAUUUAGACAAUGAUGGUUAUAUAUCAAAACAAGAUUUAAUUGAGGUUCUUACUGCUAUUUAUGCAAUGGUUGGCUCUGCUGUUGAAUUCAAUGUUACAGAUUCUACACCGGAAAAACGAGCAGAGAAAAUAUUUCAGUUGAUGGACUUAGAUAGAGAUAAUCGUUUGUCAUUAGAUGAAUUUAUAAAUGGUGUAAAAUGUGAUAAAUUAUUAAUGCGUUUGUUGACUUUCAAUACUCAUUCGUUGCAUCAUCAACAUGCAGAUUGUCUAAUGAAUGGAUCAAAUGAUAACAAAGGAUGGUCAUGUACAGAUACCCAUUAUAAUCAUCAAUCUAAUGAUUAUGAUAAUACAGUCAAACCAAUUGUAAAUCAAUCAUUUCCCAAACAGAAUGUUAUUCCUGAUACCUCAGAGUCUUAAAACAGAUUCAUCUUUUUGCAUAUGAAACUAUAUAUAUAUAUAUAUAUAUAUAUAUAUAUAUAUAUAUAUAUAUAUAUAUGAUUUGUAAAGGUAAUUAUCUUGAUAAAUCUGAUCUUUAAAACUUCUUGAUAUAUUAUUAUACUAGAUUGUUUUCAGAAUGGGAGUUUGUGAGGAUUGCAGUAAUCUCAAUAGUUAAAUUCAUAAGUUGAUCUAAGCUAAACUACUAUUGAGUGGAUGCGCACUGCUGAGGAGUCCCGCAUUAGGAAAAAUCGGCCAUCUAGUGCUUUCAGGUUUUUAGUGGUGGUCUAACUUAGAUCGACUCAUUAAUUGAACUAUUAAUGUUAUACUAGAUGUUUAUUAUUUUAUAAGUACAUAUGUUAUAAGGUUAUUUGAUUUUUACGCUCAUACAUACUUAUAACUUCUGAAAUUUCUCUUCAUGAUACAAAAGAUAGUUUUCUCUCAUGAUUAGUUAGCUCAAAUAAGAAUAAAGAAGUGUUGUGUAUUGCCUUGUAAUUUCAUAGGCUUCUGAAAGAGGUACUGUUGUGAGUACUAAUUAAUGUGCUCAGUAGGUUACCUAAGUUAUAACUGUAGUCUGUGACAUAUCGCAGAUGGGCUACUUUACACUUUGAAGUGUUAAAGGUAAGUCCGUUAUCGUCUGUCCAACUUUGAAGUCGAGUCAAAUCCUCCUGAAGUGCCUGUAUAUCGUCGUGGUUGCAUAUCUCUCCUCCAAGUUUCACGUCGUCGGCAAAAAGUAAUAAGUCUGACGAUACCUGUUGAGGAAGAUCGUUUAUAUAAAUCAAGAAGAGAAGAGGUCCUAGUACUGAGCCCUGGGGGACCCCACUAGGACAUUCCAUAGCCUGCGAUAAAGUGAAAUUAACCCUGACCUUAAAAUGGCGAUUUUUCAGGUAUGAAGUGAGUCAAUCGAUUAGAGGUGGUCUGAUACCCAAUCGUUUGAGCUUAUUGAUAAGACAUGUAUGGUUAACCUUAUCAAAAGCUUUUGAGAGGUCUAGGUAGAUGAUAUCAACCUUCGCCUUGUGAUCAAGGAUGCUUGUCCAUCUGUCCACCACAAUCAGCAGGUUGAUAAUACAAGAGUAACUUUUCCUGAAACCAUGCUGUUGGGGUGAGAAAUUCAAGGACAGUAAAUAGUCAUACCAUCGCAUAUCAGGGACUCCAUGAUUUUUGAGGGUAUGGAGAGAAGAGACACCGGUCGGUAACUUGAAGGUUCGCUGCGUCGACCUCCUUUGAAAAUUGGUGUGGUGUGAGCCAGCCUCCAAUUUUCCGGUAGUUUUCUUCGACUUGGCGAGUGUGAGAGCAUCACGCUAAGCGGCGUUGGCAAGAUUGAGGCUGCUCCCUUCAGUAUGGUGGAAUGGACCAUGUCCGGGUCAGGAAAAGUGUCUAAUCGUAAGUGCCGCAGUUUCCGGAACACCAUGUCGGCUCUUAGGUUCACUUCGGAAAGUCCUGAGGAGUUGCAAAUAAAACUGUCACCAGUAAAGUUAAUGUUGGUCGGUUGAAAUGUCUGAAAGUAAUGUUCAGCCAGAACGUUAGCGGCGUCGCCAUCGUUGUUGGUCGGGCCGUUAAGACCUUCCAGUUGGGAAUCCCCAGUUUUGGCUUGACGAAGAGAAGCUGCAUAAAGGAAUAAGCUUUUAGGAUUAGAGGCAAAUUUGCCCAUAAGCUUUGUCUGGUACUGAAGCCCAUCUUCUCUUAUAGCCUUCGUGCAUAUGUUCCUGAUAUGUUUAUAUUGCCUGUACGCUCCGUCGUUGUCAGUUCGUUUGUAUUCCGCCCAUAUCCUGAUUUUCUGUCCUUGCGGAACAAAGACAUCCCAGGUAAUGCUAACUCACGGUCCGAGAACUGAGAAGAUAUCCAGGUUUCAGAUAUUCCUUAGCAUUGCUAAGUCCACGUAGUUCAUCCAGUUUGUUUGGUAGACUCGUGGCGUUCAUAUAUAAGCAGUUUAUGCUUUCAAUUUGGAACGCGUGAGCUUCUUCCUGUUUUUCUGUAUGAGCCUUACGUGAAUGGAUAGGUAGCCCACCUAUAUGAGGUUUGCCGAGGUGGUAGGCCUUGUCCUUUACACGUUUUUUAUCGUCUAGACAGUCCACAAGUGGAAUGGUCAGCUCCAACUUGCCUUUGUGUUUGGUCCUAGCUGCGUAUGGCCUAUCCGGGUGCAUGUGGAUUCCAGGUGGCAAUCGACUUCUGUUGGCACGAAAUGCUUCCAGAGUUGCAGCCGCCAUAUGGGAAGAUGGGAG